AGAUAAGAAAUUUGGGAUAAUUUCGGCCCAGCAGCAUAGAGGCCUCACAGCCCAUUCCACGCAAACCACACCGAUCGAUUCCCACGGACCUCCCACACAACACAACUCACCGAAGCCGCCGCCGCCGCCCCCGCCCCGCUUGGCCCCCGAGAGCUCAGAGGAAUGCCCGGCGGCCGAAAGCGCCCGGCUCCGUUCCUCGCCUUCUCCUCUUUCGCUCGCUCCCUCAUCUUCUCCGCGAGCGCCGCCGCCGCCUCCUCAGGCCCUUCAAAACCUCUUCGUCCCACCGACGACGGUACAACCUCCGCCGCCGGAACUCCUGGUGAAGACAACAUGCCGCGCCCGCCGUCCAAGCGGGCCGAACCCUCCAACGACCAGGACCGCAGCACCUGCAGCGAAAGCGACGCCCAAGACGGGGAGGAGUCUUCCGAGGAGCUCGAGACGGUGCAAGCGGACUUCGCCUUCUUCGAUCCCAAGCCGACCGACUUCCACGGCGUCAGGCUGCUGCUCAAGACAUACCUCGACUCCAAGCCCUGGGACCUCACUGGCUUCGUCGACCUCAUCCUUGCACAGACAACCGUCGGCACGGUUGUCAAGUUGGCCGAUGAUGAGGAGGAGCAAGGGGAAGGGACUGGCGAUGACAAGACCGGUGCUGCUGGCAAUGACGAUGAUGAUCUGUUUGGUCUUAUUAGCGUGCUAAAUUUGGGACGCUAUGCCGAGCACCGCUGCAUCAAGGAUCUUAAGGAGUAUCUGCUAGCUGUUUGCACUGACAAGGAUACCAAGAGGCAGCUUAAGUCUCUGCUGGAAGAGAAAGCAUCUAGUGUGGGCCUGCUGGUGUGUCGCCGCUUUGUGAAUUUCCCUUAUGAGCUUGUGCCUAAGCUGUAUGAUGCACUCUUUGAUGAGGUUUCCUGGGCCACGGAAGAUGAGCCAACACAAGAACUCCGGGACUCCUUCCGAUUCAAACAUUACCUUCUAAUUGUCAGAAUGCUUGAGAGGAAAACCCCUGCAAAACACAAAGCAAAGAACAGCAAAGAUGAUGAACCUAUUAUCUAUCCAAAGUUGGAGGAUGAAAUUUUUAAUGAGCUUAGCUCAUGGUCAUUCACUUUCCCAAUACGUUCUGAACAGUCACCUCAACAGGAGAUGAAGAAUUACAAAGAGAUGGGCUUGGUGAUGGCAGUUAAAGCUGAGGCAAUCCCAAAAUUUCGCAAGAAGCUGGAGGCGUUGGUGUCCGAAUAGUAGUCCUUUUGAGCAAUGCUGGCCAUUGUGGAAUUUUGCUGCUGCCCACAUGGUAUUUUGUUACACAAAGUACAAUUAUGAUUGCGACUGUGAAAUGUGAAUGCAUUCUCGCUGGCAAUGCCAUGGAUGUAAUGGUUUUCAUUUGAGAAGCAACUACUUGUGUACUAAUCCAGUCUUUUUAUGCACUGAUAUUAACAUAUAUUGAUUGGUAGCCUCAUAGAUGUAUCCAUGAGCACUAAAGUUAGGUGAUUUGGACCGUGGUACAAACCCAGGGAGUGGAAGUCUGUUUGAUA